UUUGUCGGCCAUUUCCUCCAUCGAGCUCUGCCAACUUGAAUGUUUUCGCCGCUCAGGACGCUCCGUCUCCGGCCUCAGCUUCAGCAGCAGCCCGGGCUCGCUCGACCCAGCUGCGGCUCCCGGGUGGACGAGAGACGAAAGGACGAAAGGCGUGCAAGUUUAUCAGCCGUCAAUCAUGGCGUUAAAGAUCGUCAAAGGCAGCAUUGAUCGCAUGUUCGAUAAAAACCUGCAGGAUUUAGUACGUGGCAUCAGGAACCACAAGGAAGAUGAGGCCAAGUACAUCUCCACCUGCAUCGACGAGAUCAAACAGGAGCUCAAGCAGGACAACAUCGCCGUCAAAGCCAACGCCGUGUGCAAGCUCACCUACCUUCAGAUGCUGGGUUACGAUGUCAGCUGGGCCGCCUUCAACAUCGUGGAGGUCAUGAGCUCCUCCAAGUUCACCUACAAGAGGAUUGGCUACCUGGCAGCCUCGCAGUGCUUUCACGAGAGCACCGAUGUCAUCAUGCUGACCACUAAUCAAAUCCGAAAGGAUCUCAGCAGUCCCAACCAGUACGACACAGGUGUUGCCCUCACUGGCCUCUCCUGCUUUGUGACCCCUGACCUGGCCCGGGACCUGGCCAAUGACAUCAUGACGCUGAUGUCCCACACUAAACCCUACAUCAGAAAGAAAGCGGUGCUCAUCAUGUACAAGGUCUUUCUCAAGUACCCCGAGUCCCUCCGCCCUGCCUUCCCCAGACUGAAGGAGAAACUUGAGGACCCAGAUCCAGGCGUGCAGUCAGCUGCGGUCAACGUCAUCUGUGAGCUGGCCCGCAGGAAUCCCAAGAACUACCUGUCUCUGGCACCGCUCUUCUUCAAGCUCAUGACCUCCUCCACUAACAACUGGGUUCUUAUUAAGAUCAUUAAGUUGUUUGGUGCGCUCACACCACUUGAGCCUCGUUUGGGGAAGAAGUUGAUCGAGCCUCUUACAAACCUGAUUCACAGUACCUCUGCCAUGUCUUUGCUGUACGAGUGUGUGAACACGGUUAUUGCAGUGUUGAUUUCCUUGUCGUCUGGGAUGCCCAAUCACAGUGCUAGUAUCCAGCUCUGUGUGCAGAAACUGCGAAUCCUGAUCGAAGACUCUGACCAGAACUUGAAGUACCUGGGCCUUUUGGCCAUGUCCAAAAUCCUGAAGACCCACCCCAAGUCAGUGCAGAGUCACAAGGACCUCAUCCUCCAGUGUCUGGAUGACAAGGAUGAGUCAAUCCGCCUGAGAGCUUUGGACCUCCUCUAUGGCAUGGUCUCCAAGAAGAACUUGAUGGAGAUUGUGAAGAAACUGAUGCUCCACGUGGACAAAGCGGAGGGAACCACCUACAGGGAUGAACUGCUUACCAAGAUCAUUGACAUCUGCAGCCAGAGCAACUACCAGUACAUCACUAACUUUGAAUGGUACAUCAGUAUCCUGGUAGAGCUGACGAGAUUAGAGGGCACGAGGCACGGUCACCUCAUCGCCUCUCAGAUGCUUGAUGUUGCUAUUCGGGUGAAAGCCAUCCGAGUGUUCGCUGUAGCCCAGAUGGCUACCCUGCUGGACAACGCCCACCUGUUGACUGGCAACAUGCAGAGGAACGGCAUCUGUGAAGUUUUGUACGCAGCGGCCUGGAUCUGCGGCGAGUUCUCGGAGCAUCUGGAGAACCCGUUGCAGACGCUGGAGGCCAUGCUGCGGCCAAAGGUGGCCACCCUGCCGGGCCAUAUCCAGGCUGUGUACGUGCAGAACGCUGCCAAGCUGUUUGCCACCGUGCUGAAGAGCCAAGAGGGCAACACCGACAGCAACACUGCACAGGAAACCAUCCAGCUGAUGAUCGACCGACUGCCGCUUUUUGUCCAAAGCGCCAACCUGGAGGUGCAAGAGAGGGCGUCCUGCAUCCUGCAGCUGGUGAAAUACAUCCAGAAGCUGCAGCAGAAAGAUGUGGCGGUGGUGGAGGAAGUGAUUGCACUGUUUGCCGGAGAACUCAACCCCGUGGCCCCCAAGGCACAGAAGAAAGUGCCUGUCCCUGAAGGUCUGGACUUGGAUACCUGGAUCAACGAGCCUCCCUCAGAGAGCGAGUCUGAGGACGAGCAGCCCAAGGCUAUUUUUGCCAAGGAGGAGCCCAAACAUUCCCGCCCCAGACACACAGAAGUGGACGAGAAGGAGCUGGCAAGGAGGAGAGAAGCCAGGAAACAGGAGCAAGCCAACAACCCUUUUUACAUCAAGGCCUCCCCUUCCUCUCAGAAGGUGUACCAGGACACGCCUGGAGUGGAGCACAUCCCAGUCGUUCAAAUUGAUCUGACGGUGCCUCUCAAAGUACCAGGCCUGCCCAUGUCCGACCAGUACGUCAAGUUGGAGGAGGAGCGUCGGCAGAAGGAGAGAGCCGAGAAGAAGAAGGAGAAGAAAAAGAGGAAAGAGAAGCGCAGCGGCCGAGGGAAGAAGCACGACUCGGGCCCCGAGAGCGAGGAGGACAUCACACCUGCGCACAUGGUGGACAUCGUUACAGAGGAGAUGCCAGAGAAUGCCUUACCCAGCGAUGAUGAUGACAAAGACCCUAAUGACCCUCACAAAGCCCUGGACAUUGACCUGGACAACUUGGUGGAAAUGGCCAGGCGCAGGCCUCUUGCAGAUAGUGAGAAGCUGCCAGUAAAGUCCCACCGUGCAACGGAGUCUCUAAAAAGCCCAGACGCAGAGGCAGAAAGCACCUCACAGGAAGCCAAGAAGAAAAGCGGCAAGGAAAAGAAGGAGAAGAAGAAGGAUAAAGACCGCGAUAAGAAGAAGAGCAAAGAGGAGAAGAAGAAGAAGAAACACAAGCAUGAAGACAAGGGGCUGGAUCUUCUUGGCAAUCAGUCAGAUGACGCUGUCAACCAAUCAGAAGGACCCAGUGAGGUGGCGGCUCCUCCCACUUCCACUGCCGCUGAGGUUACCGAUCUGGAUUUCUGGCUCUCAAACGCUCCAGUGCCCUCUAAUGCCCAGGAAGUAGCAACAGUAGCAGCAGCCCCAGUGCCCGAGGUCGCCUCUGGCUCGCCACCCAACUCUGAGCCUGAAGAAAGCCCAAAAGAAACGGAAACCGAGGAGUCUAAGUCUUCCAAACCCAAGAAGAAGAAGCAGAAGAAGGACAAGGAGGAGAAGGAGAAGAAAAAGAAGAAGAAGCAUCAUCAUCACCACCACCACCACCACCACAGCGAUGGCGGCGGGGAAGGCUCGGUGCAAAACGGCACGGUGGAGGAGGAAGAACCGCUACCACCCAUGUCCAAUUACUGCCUUCUCGCCGAGAACUCUUACAUCAAGAUGAUGAUGGAAGAUGCAGAUCAGGUUUGCGACAUCCAGGGAAACCUGCAGGACGGGAGCCAGGUGGUGCUGUCGGUCAUCUUCGAGAACAAGUGCGAGAGCUUCCUCAAGUCCAUGGAGUUCAACGUCCUGGACUCUCUCAACUCCAAGCUGCAGAGGCCGGAGGGGGCGGGGCCACACGACGGCCUCACGGUCCCCUUCCAGCUUCCGCCUGGAGUGUCCAAUGAAGCGCGCUUUGUGUUCAGCGUGCAGAGCAUCGUGAUGCCUCAGAAACUGAAGGGAACACUCACUUUCAUUGUCAAGAACGAAGAAUCAUCAACUCACGAGAAACUGGACUUCAAACUGCACUUUACUUGUACCUCCUACCUAAUCACCACUCCAUGCUACAGUGAUGCCUUCGCAAAGCUGUUGGAAUCUGGGGACCUGAAGGGCAGCUCUGUCAAACUGGAAGGAGUCAACAUGCCAUUCCACCAUCUUCUGGCCAGGAUCUGCUUCCAUCACCACUUCUCUGUGGUGGAGAGGAUCGACUCCUGUGCCUCCAUGUACAGUCGCUCUGUCCAGGGUCACCAUGUUUGUCUGCUCGUCAAAACUUGCGGUCAGACGGUGUCCAUGGACGCCAAAUGUGACGAGCCGGCGCUGCUGGGGAACGUGCUGGACGAGAUCAAGCAGACCUUCUCUCAGUGCUGAUUGAGUGCAGGGUAGCCCCGCCCCCUCACCGGAACACACUUCCCCUAUUUAUUCUUCUUCAAGCUCCGUCUUUCCCUGCGACACACUUUCACCCUUUUGACUCCGCCCAGCUCCUGGACGUCUCCUUCCUCCUCUUCCUCCCUCCCUCUGUCCGUCUGGGACAGUCACGUCACGUAACCAUGACAACCGGACUUUGGCUCCAUUUGCGGUUUUACUCUUUUUGAACACUUUUGGUUUGUGUUGUUCCAUGUUUCUUUGUCUGAAGCCUGUCUGCGCCUUUUGUGUGUGUGUGUGUGUGCGUGUGUGCUGUUUAGGCCUUGGAACCAUGUCUCUACCAGACUAAAAGUGCUGUUUAGGCCUUGGAACCAUGUCUCUCCCAGACUGAAAAGACUGGUGCAGCAGCCUCUGACACCGUGGAGAAGAAAGCCAACGCUACAUAUAAGGCCUGACAAGCCCUCGCAGUGAGCCCUGCUCUUACUCUCACAUGCAACUUCAAAAAUGUAUCCAUCAGUUACUGAAACCUGGAUUUAAUUUGGAGUAGUCAGUGUACAGCUUGGAGGAGAUGAGCCGGCGCACCGCCAUUACUGUCCAAAUACGAGUAAUAGAUGUACAUAUUGUAUCCUAGGUGUGAAUAUUCAGCACUAUUACCUGGUUGUUACUGGAAGUCAUAGCUCUCCUCCUGUGUGAACCACAGCUCUUCAGUGCCCGCGGAACUCGUGCAGCCCAGAUAGGAACGCUAGCGCCGUGCUUGACUAUUGACUAUUUUGCUCCAUGUAGACAACUGUGUAUCAGACAAACAUAACAAGUCUCUUCAUUAACAAGCUAAAACAACAACAAGCUGAACUGUGCACACUAGUUCCUUUGGUGCCCUCACAAAUGAUCAGAAACCACAAAAAUCAAAAUAUUGUAUCCUCGGUGUGAAUAUUAAGCACUAUUGCCUGCGAGAGAUGCACAGGUUGUUACCGGAAUUCAUAGUCCUCCCCUGCGUGAACCACAGCUCUUCAAUGCCCGUAGCACUCGUGCAGCCCCAGAUAGGAACGCUAGCGCCGUGCUUGACUGUAGGCCAGACUACUUUGCUCCUCACUCCAUAUGUAGACAACAAUGGCCGUGCGUUGACUCAUUUUCAUGACAGUGGAACCUCCGUUUACAAAUCCUUGAACAGGGUUUGUAAAUUGAAAAGUUUGUAUAGUGAAACAAAACAAUGUAAAUAUGAAUAAUAGGUUCCAACCUUGACAAGAGUCCAUAUUUAGUGAACACAAUAUAAAGUGCUAUGCAGUACUGUGUAUCAAACAAACAUAACAAGUCUUUUCAUUAACAAGCUGAACUGCGCACACUAGUUCCUUUUGGUGCCCUCACAAAUGAUCAGAAACCACGAAAAUCCUUAACUUCAACAACCGUGUUGCUAUACGAACAAACACUUACCACUCUAAGUGGGUUUUGCUGCUGAAGGAGAGGUAGUCCCAUCCUCCGCUUUGCCAUCUUUCUCCAGAAAAGUCACUUGUCCUCACAAUCACGAUUAAAGACUUCAAUACAAGCAAGCACAAAAUGGCUGCCAGCGGGACAUAAAAGGAAUGAAUGAAGCAUUCUUGCAGAGACACGGUUGGCACACCGAGGUGUAUUUGGUGCCAUCUAUCUAAAAUGAAAGGGUUUGCAAAUGGAGAGGUUUGUAAAUGGAGGUUCCACUGUAUUUGCUUUUCUCCAGUAUAUUUGAGGAAGUUUGCAGAGGUCGCCUACGCUCGGUUGUCAAAAAUAUCUCCCAGUAGGACUGCUGCUACUAGUGAUGGGUAAAUGAGUGUUUGGCACACUCACUAGCUGUAUUUAUACUUUGUUGGUGUUUCAUAAUGGCGCCAUCUGCUGGAUUUUUAAAAAAUUCACUACAUUUGACCUGCAAAAUAUUAGUUGGCAAAUACCUUCUUUUUUUUUAAUAAAUACUCUUGCUAGACGAGCUGCAGAAUAUGAAACUUGCAACUCUGGUCAAUGAGCAAAAUAGUAAAAAGGGUAGGAACGUUUACCUUAUUUGGUGAUACAAGGUUCAAAUGAUCCAAGACUUUGGAAUUUUUAGGUGGAUGUUGUCCAGGUUGUACCCCGCCUACCGCCCCAAUGCAGCUGAGAUAGGCUCCAGCACCCCCCCGCUACCCCAAAAAGGGACAAGCGGUAGAAAAUGGAUGGAUGAUGGCGACGAAAAAAAAGUCGAACGCGUUUCAGUUUGUGAAUAAAAAAAAAAGCCGCUUUCUUCCAAACAGUUUGGCAGCUGUAUCGGUCCCAUGGAUAGUUGUUCUUAAAGUGACACACACAUGGCGGUAUCAGCGGACACAGUAUCACUCCUUGUGUUCAGUAUCGUUUGACCCUUACAGUAUCAGUAUUAGUCACCAUUGGAAUAAGAACUUUUCUAUUUGCAAGCUCAAUCUUUGUUGCUACUGGACUGAAAGUCUAGCAGUUCCUGCUUUAUGUUCAAUUACAAUUUGUCAAAUUGCACCUUUUUUUAGUCACCUUUACUUUUCCACACUUGUCAUUCCAUGUUGACCUUUUUUCUUUCUUUUUUUAAUGAAGCGUACUCGAGCAGUUUGUGUUUGUAUGCAUCCGAAGGCAAAACUAUGUCCAUUCUGAAACAGUCCGAGUGCUGAGGGCAUGGUCGCCUGUCUUCAUUCUCUCCUUUGGUUGAGUUGUAGUGACAUUUUAUGAUAACGUUUGGCUUGUGAAGUAUACUCUCAACAAGGACAGGUUCCAAAGGCCCUGUUGUCUAUUUGUUUCUCCGUUAUUCUCCUGCUGUCAAAUGUCAUUUGUUUUAAAAGGGGCUUGAAUUGUAUUCAUUCCCUUUCAAGAUAUCCAACUUCAAAGUGAAAAUAAAAAGCUGUAAGAUGCUACUGUA